CAAUCCAAACAAGGAUUUGAAACCCCCUGUUUCUCUCUCUAUUCAAUCUCUUUUCUCCAUCUCCGCCGCUUCUCCUGCAAAAAUGAUCCCACUAUUCUCAUUCCUUGUCUGCACUCAUCGCCAUUUUCAUCGUCUUCUUCGAUUAAGAUCAUAAAGAAAGUGAAGAAAUUCCUUAAACCCAUUUCAUCUUUCGAUUGUCUCUUCCUAUAUCUGCUUAACUUCAGGACAAGAUGCAUAGAUAUAUCUUAUGUUUAUGGGUUCUGAAUCUUCUUUCUGUCGUUACUCCUGUUCUAUGUCAAUCCAGCGCCACCGACGCCGCUGUAAUGCAGGAACUGAAGAAAAGCCUCGGAUCGCCAAGUUCCCUUAAAUGGACGGAUCCAGACCCUUGCAAAUGGGGAUUAGUCAGUUGCUCAAAUGAUAAACGCGUUACUCGGAUCCAAAUCGGAAGCCAAAAUUUGAAUGGGUUUCUCCCGGUUACCAUCUCUAACCUCACAUCCUUACAGAGAUUCGAGGUGAUGAAGAAUCAGUUAUCCGGACCCAUCCCAAGUUUCGCCGGAUUAAAUUCCCUUCAGUUUCUGCUAUUCAAUAAUAACAAUUUCUCUUCCAUCCCUCCUGAUUUCUUCUCUGGUAUGUCGUCUCUUCAAGAAGUUUAUUUCGAUUACAACGCUUUCUCCCCUUGGUCGAUUCCAACCAGCCUUAAGGAUGCUGUGGCUCUUACGGUUUUCUCUGCGACCUCCACCAACCUCGUCGGAAAAAUCCCAGAUUUCUUAGGUGGCGACACCUUUCCUUCGCUGAAGAUGCUUCAUUUAUCAUUCAACAACCUCGAAGGAGAGCUUCCGGCGAGCUUUUCAGGAUCUUCAAUUCAAUCCCUCUGGCUAAAUGGACAAGGGGGAAGUUCACAGUUAAAUGGAUCAAUCGCUGUUUUGCAAAACAUGACUCAAUUAUCUGUGGUUUGGUUACAUUCAAAUGCCUUCUCCGGUCCACUACCGGAUUUUUCUGGGUUAUCAGUAUUAAGUUCUUUAAGUGUGAGAGACAACAAAAUUACUGGUCCGGUACCGGAAUCCCUGAUGAAUCUGCCGUCGUUGAAGACUGUAAACAUAACGAACAAUCUAUUACAAGGACCAUCACCCAAAUUCGAUCCUUCUGUGGCGCUUGACAAUUUUGCUAACUCGAAUAGCUUCUGUUUGCCCACGCCCGGAGCUGCAUGCAGUUCAUCGGUGAGUAUAUUGCUUUCUAUUGCUCAAUCUUUAGAUUUUCCGGCUAUAUUUGCACAGAAUUGGAAAGGGAAUGAUCCAUGUCAGAACUGGGAAGGAAUUGUUUGCUCCUCUAAUAAGAUUGUCAUUAUCAAUCUCCCAAAAAUGGGUCUUACUGGUACAAUUUCUCCAAAUUUCUCAUUGAUUCCCACAUUGCAGAAGAUAAUCCUCUCUAAUAACAAUCUAUUCGGUACAAUACCCAUUGAACUCACUACUUUGGUCAACCUAAAUAAGUUAGAUGUUUCAAACAAUCAACUUAGUGGGAAGAUUCCUCAUUUUAGGAGUAAUGUAGAUGUUGUUUUUGAUGGAAACCCUAAUAUAGGCAAAGAUAACGUCCCACCACCUACCCCUAGGACACCCGGUGCUCCUGAACCAGGACCAGGAACAGGAACAGGAACGGCUCCUGGUGUUCCCAUUACACCAGGUUCUUCCCCUUCCCAACAUGGUAACGAGACUAAAACCGGGGAAGUUAGUAGUAAGAAACCUCCGUCUGCAGCCAUAGUGGGCUCUGUGGUAGGCGGAACUUGCCUCAUUUUUGUGGUAGCUUUUGGUAUGUUCUGUAUCUACAGAGCAAAGAGGAAACAUACCGGGAGAGUCCAGAGCCCAGAUGGGAUUGUCAUUCAUCCUCGUCACUCUGGUUCGGACGGUGGAGACGUGAAGAUAACAGUUUCGGGUUCCAAUGUUAACCGCGCGACCUCGAGUGAAACGUAUAGCCACGGUAGCACUGGGCCGAACGAUCUUCACAUGAUUGAUACUGGGAGCAUGGUGAUAUCUAUUCAAGUUUUGAGGAACGUUACGAACAACUUUAGCGAGGCGAAUAUACUUGGGAGAGGAGGGUUUGGCACGGUUUACAAAGGGGAAUUGCACGACGGGACUAAGAUCGCAGUUAAGAGGAUGGAGUCGGGAGUCUUGACCGAGAAGGGUUUGGAGGAGUUCAAGUCGGAGAUCGCUGUUCUCACCAAAGUUCGUCAUAGGCAUUUGGUCGGUCUUCUUGGGUAUUGUUUGGAAGGGAACGAGAGAUUACUUAUCUAUGAAUAUAUGCCUCAAGGCGCGUUGAGUAGACACGUUUUCAAUUGGAAAGAGGACGGUUUGAAGCCACUCGAAUGGGCCAAGCGGUUGACGAUCGCACUUGACGUAGCUAGAGGUGUCGAAUAUCUACAUGGAUUGGCUAACCAGAGUUUUAUUCAUAGGGAUCUUAAGCCAUCCAAUAUUCUUUUGAGCGAUGAUAUGCGCGCCAAAGUCGCUGAUUUUGGCCUCGUUCGUCUUGCUCCCGAUGGCGGUAUGGAUUUCGUUGUAACCAGGCUCGCCGGUACUUUUGGAUACCUUGCUCCGGAAUAUGCAGUGACGGGGCGAGUAACAACCAAGAUCGACGUAUUCAGUUUCGGGGUGAUACUAAUGGAACUGAUAACUGGUCGAAAGGCACUAGAAGAGACCCAAAAAGAGGAAAGUGUUCACUUAGUCCAAUGGUUCCGAAGAUCACUAAUAGACAAAGAAGCCUUCCCGAAAGCAAUUGACCAAACAAUCGAUCUCGACGAAGGCACACUAGCCAGUGUUCGAACCGUUUCAGAGCUGGCAGGUCAUUGCUGCUCAAGGGAACCAACCCAGAGACCGGACAUGGGUCAUGCAGUUAAUGUACUCUCUUCACUUGCCGAAAUGUGGAAGCCUUCUGAACCUGCUGAUUUUGAGGACAUGUAUGGGAUCGAUUUUGACAUGACUCUUCGACAGGCGGUUAAGAAGUGGCAGUCUUUGGAAGAAAUGAGCGGCACUUCGUCGUUUCUUGCUAGUGGUGAUAAUACGCAGACUAGCAUACCCACUCGACCUUCUGGCUUUGCGGAUUCGUUUACUUCAGCUGAUGGACGUUGAUAAAGAAGCACUGGUUCUUCUCUUAUUCCUUCUUUUCAUGGGUCGGUUUCAGUUUGGGUUUUAAAGACUGUUUUUUAAGAUUAAAUUUGGAUGGUUUUAUAAAUCUCUAUAAUGAAUCAUGUGAUAAUAUUAUAAUACUCUGUUGGUUUUGAAGAAGAAUGUACAUUCAGAAUGACAUAAUGUUCUCUCUUUUUUUAAUGCAAAUGGCAGCUGGGAAUGAUUAGGUA